AUGGGGGGUGGCGCCGUAUCCAUGAUCUAUCCUGGCCCCCUGGACAAGGCUUCAACAAGGGCAUACCGGACUCCUGGUCAGAUCGAAUACAUAACAAUCGAUGAUAUCUACGAGCAGGUCAUACAAGCUGGCCUAGGUUGCACAAUCAUCAAGAGGAACAUUAAGGACGCCUUCCGAAUCGUCCCUGUUGCCGAGAAUAACCAGCAUCUCCUUGCGUUCCAGUGGAACGAUUCCACUUACGUCGAAUGCUGCCUCCCCUUUGGCCUUGCAACGGCCCCAUUUCUCUUUAACCUCUUCGCCGAGGCUCUCCAUUGGAUACUCCAAUGCCUCCUCCCUGCAUUCUAUAUCAAUCAUUACCUUGACGACUUCAUCGCAAUUUCCCAGUCUCCCUCAGUGUCCGGCCCUACGGGUCCCUUUGAUAGGGUUUACAACAGAGUCACCGACUACCUACGUAUCCCUCGCAAUACCAAAAAGGACCAGCAAGGGACAUGUAUUACAGUCCUAGGUAUCCAGAUCGACUCUCUUGCAAUGGAAGCUCGCCUGCCACCAGAUAAGUUGUGCCGCGCCACAUUGGACGCCGCAGCUGCCCUGAACGCAGCGAGUCUCUCCCUCCAGCAAACAGAGCGUCUCACAGGCUCAUUGGCCUUCUGUUCAAGAGUUGUCCGGAUUGGAAGAACAAGGCUACAGUCUCUUUACACCUUCCAAGCCGCCUUCCCACAUGGGAGGAGCGCGCGCCGCCGUAUCUCGUACGAGGUACGUGACGAUUUGGAAUGGUGGAGGGACUCCUUGUCUCUUUUCAACGGCGUACUCCUAAUUGGCCCUUGCCGCCGCACCAUCACGCAUCUCUACACAGAUGCCUCUAGUAUAGGCCAGGGGCUCUUUUUCUUCUCAUCCAAGUCUACAUCAGACUGCUGGCUGGCCCAUCGUCACCAGCUUCAUCCAAGCAAUGCUGCCUCAUUGGCCCUUGCUCAAGACGCACAUGCGCACAUCAAUACCAACGAAGUAGACGCCUUUCUACAAGGCUUCCUACUCUUCAGCCACCAUUGGCGUCAUCAUACUCUCGUUGUCCACAUGGAUAGCUCUACAGCGCACACAGGACUGAAUAAAGGCUUCCUUCAUGGCCCGCCUAACGCACCCCUGAAAAGUCUACUUAUCCUAGCGGCGGCGAGAGACAUCCAAAUGGUGCCCCAUUGGCUCCCUUCCUGGGAAAACACACUAGCAGAUGCCCUCUCCCGUAAUAACUUCCAAGAGGUUGCUAACUUGUCCCCACUGGCAGGACCUCUCGGUAUUCAAUCGCCUGCGUGGUUCUCUUCACGAGCUCCUCAGCUCACUGCAGGCCACCUAAAACUGCUCUGGAGUGGUCUCAGCGCUAACACGCGUUCCGUUUACCUCUCCGUUCAACGCAGUUACGAAAGGCACAGCGCGGUACAAAAUUUACCGGCAUGGCCAGCCUCAACACAAUCGUUAACCUCCUGGCUAAAUUCACGACUCCUUGGGAAUUCAAACCAAAAGGCCGUUAAGCCCGAUACCGCACUCGCCGACCUAGCCGCUCUCCGAGCUUACCAUAUUGACAACUUCCUUGAGGAUAAACUCUUUGAUAAUAAGCACUUUCGACGUCUCAUAGACGGCGCGAGAAGACUCAACCCCAUCACUAAAGUUCGGGUUAGAAGACCGAUUUCGCGUGACACUAUUACGAAACUAUCCGCAAGGGCCUCUACACUCCCGUCGCGUCCCUUAGAGAUGACUGCGAACCUCUUAGACGACCUGAAUUUCGCGACCGCUGCCGGGUAG